AUGCCUGACAUCAUGUACUCCGGCGAUACUAGCAAAGCUAAAGAAUCUGCAACCCUAAACUACCUCAAAUCUCCACAACGGUCCUACUUUGCCAAACCCUUCCACCCUUUCCCUCACAAUCACCUCAGACACCUUCAACUCUACCUCGUCAUCCUCUGCCUUAUCAUCGAUUUCGCUCACCAACUCCUCUUAUCUGCCGAAUCCGACCCACUCGUCAAAGGCCACACCCUCGACCAUCGCUUCACUUCCCUCCAAUCCGCCGCCGUCCUCUUCCUCUUCCUCCUCCUCUCCGUCUCCCUCUUCCUCUCCAACUCCCCUUCCUCCCUCCUCCCUCUCCUUCCCGAUCUCUUCUUCGCACUCAGCUCAACCGUUUUCUUCUUGCAAUACUCCGUCUCCUCCACCGUCGCCACUGUCCAGACCUCUGAUCUCCAAGCCAACUGCAACACCAUCUCCACGCGAAUCUUUGCUCUCAUCUCUCUCCUUUGUCUAAUCCUCACUUGCCAGCCCAGGCUCUUUGUUGCCGAUGUGGGACUCGGGGCUGCUUUCUGCUUGCAAGGCCUUUGGGUUUUGCAAACUGGGUUGUCUCUCUAGUAGUGUAAGUGCGAGCUCGAGGA